AUGAUAGUGAAGUCUGAAAGGAGAACAAGAUUGGUUUUAAUGGCAAAACCAACUAUUUUUGUAAAAGUGUUACAAACUAUACACGAUAUGUCUUUAAGGAGAUCAGAAAACAUUAGUGAUAUAGAAAUGUUAGACCUCAGUGCUCCGUCAACGGACCGCAGUGCUUCAACAGAGGACCGCAGUGCUCCGUCAGAUGACCGCAGUGCUCCAACAGAGGACCUCAGUGCUCCGUCAGAGGACCUCAGUGCUCCAGGCGAGACAUCUAUCUACGAUCAUGAAUAUAUAUCAGGUUUCAAUUACAAAUUGGCUUUAGAUAAAUCAUUUAGGAACAACACCAUAGAUAGGAGCUUUGUCACAAAUUCAAAAUUAGAGAAAGACUUUCCACAUCUGGUUCAUUUUUGCCACACGGGCUCACUGGAAGUCUUUCAUAGCCUUGUAUUAAAAUACCAUCCCAAAAGAGUUCAUUUCACGAUGGAUUGGAUGGUAGCCGGGACACAACUGGCUGUUUUGGCCCACAACGCCAAUGUAGGCAGAGAACAGGCUACUAUCCACAAAGAACAAGAAGGCAGUGGACACAUUGGGGACUUGCGCUUCAAACCGUUUUUCUCUAAAAGGAGUAAAAAUCUGAAAAUAAAGAAAAUAUAUGAAAAAAACAACUAUUGUCCAUAUAUAUUCAAUGAUGGCUGA